AUGCCAGACGCCAAUGACCCUACUGGCCGGGCGGCUGCUCGCUCCAAGGCGGUAGCCGCCCUUAAGCCCACCAUUGACGUUAUCAUCGAUCGCCAUUACAAUUCCAAGGUCUACACCUCUGGUUCCGUUAUUGCUGGCCGCGCCAUCAUCAAGACAGUCCGUGACAUUGCUUUUGACCACUUUGACAUUGUCUUCACUGGCAUCGCCGCCACCCGUCUGGACUUUGUCCAGCAGUACCCAUCUCACUCCUUCAGGCCAUUCCUGAAGAUGCGAAUGCCUAUUUCCGAGGAAGACGUUCCCGAAGACCGCGUCUUUAGGGCCGCGCACACCUACACCAUUCCCUUCCACUUCGUUGUUCCUCACCAGCUCCCCAUGGGAGCUUGCAAGCACCAGUGCGAAGUUGGCCCCGUCCUGGACCAUCACCUGCGCCUACCCCCGACCAUUGGCUUCUGGGGCGCCGACGACCAGGCCCCCGAGAUGGCCCAGAUCGAGUACGCCGUUAAGGCCCGCGCCGUUAAGCAGCAAUUAGGCGGCGUCCCGGCCUCCAAGGUUAUGGAGGGCCAACACGUCGUCAAGGUGUUACCCGCCAGCCCCGAGGAUGCGCCUCUCGAUAUUACCUUCCGUGACGAGCGUUACACCAUGGCCAAGACCAAGACGAUCCGCAAGAAUCUCUUCUCCGCUAAGACGGGCAAGCUGACGGCUACCUCGAUCCAGCCCGAGGCCGUCAUGUUCUCCGCCGACGGUCGCAACGCCUCCACGUCGACCGCGCACAUCGACCUCGAGUUCGUCCCCGAUUCAGUCGACACCGCGCCGCCCAAGAUCAACUCUAUCUCGGCCAAGCUGUUGUCAACGACCUUUUUCGGCGCCGCCCCGGUCAACUACAUGCCUAACCUUGGCCCGCGGACUGCCUACCACGGCAACCCGUGUCUCAACUACACCACGACCAACAAUAUCUUGAACAUGCCUGUAGAGAAAGUCUCGUGGCUGCAGGAAAAGGUUGAGGCGGGCCGCCGCGACUCUGGCUACUCCAGCUCCCACCUGUCACCGGACAGCGAUGCCAUGACUAAGGGCAACGGCAACAAGAAGGCCGCCUCGCCCAUCAAGCACGUCGCCACCCUUGACGUUCCUUUUACCGUCACCAACACCAACCGCAAGAUCUUCUUGCCCACGUUCCAUUCGUGCCUCAUCUCGCGCACCUACGUUCUUCAGCUGUGCCUUAGCGUUGGCCCUACUAACACCACCAUGACGCUCUCGGUGCCCGUCCAGGUCGGUGUCGAGACAAUCCACGAUGACCCCCAAGGCGGCGAGCUGCCUAGCUUCGAGACCGUCAUGGCCCGCGAUGAGGAAGCCGAGGCUGACACCUACCUCCGUCCGCGCAUCCGCCGCGCCGCGUCGGACGACGCCCCCCAAACCAACACACUUUUGCCUGGCUACAGCGAACUGAGCCGCAGAGCGGUCGUACCAGUCGCGCCAGUCGCCUAA